AUGGCACAAAGGUCCAACUCGUUAUCACGCAUAUUAGAUGAAAAUAGGCUCACCAAACCUAACUUCUCUGACUGGCUAAGGAAUUUGAGAAUUGUUCUCAAUCUUGAGUGUAUAGGAUAUGUUCUUGAUUCUAAACUUCCUAGUCCACUGCCACCUGAGGCCACAGAAGAAGAACAUGACACUUUGAGAAAGUGGCAUGAAGAUGACAUGCAAGCCAAGUGUUAUAUGCUUGCUUCUAUGACUAAUCAGUUACAAAAGCAACCUGAGAAAAUGCAAACUUCUUCUGAAAUACUAAGUCACCUUCAAGAGUUAUUUGGUGAAAAUACCAAGUUGGCUAAAUAUGAGAUAUCUAAACAACUAUUCAGAAUGAAAAUGCAUGAAGGCUAG